AUGUCAACUGCGGACACAGUCCAGUCGACGGCCCUGGCUGUCCUCCGUCACGCACGUUACCAAUAUCAGGACUGGUUCAAUAACAACGACGCCGUCAUCAGCAACCUGCUCGUCGAGAAGAACGGUCUGCACAAAGCCUACGUCGACUACCCCACCGACGACAACAAAACAAUCUUCUACCGUAGUCGCCGCCUCGUGCAACAGCGACUGCGUGAGAUUCAGGACGCUUGGACGGCUCGCAGGGCUGAGGACAUUCAAGUAUGCGCGGACUGCAAUGAAUGGAAGAAUUUUUUCUCCCUGAUCAAGGUCGUCUGCGGUCCGCCAACCAAAGCAACUGCUCCUCUUCGUAGCGCCGACGGUAUUACCCUACUCACUGAGAAGACACCAUUUCUACAGCGAUGGUCCGAGUACAUCCGAGGCGUCCUCAACUGUCCCUCCACCAUCUCCGACGCCGCCAUCGCCCGUUUGCCGCAAGUGGAGACCAACAUGGACCUCGACCUCCCGCCCUCUCUCCACGAAACCAUCAGGGCCGUGCAGCAGCUCUCCAGCGGGAAAACGUCCGGGUUGGACACGAUCCCUGCUGAGAUCUACAAGCACGGUGGCUCCCAACUCAUGGACCAGCUGACGGCGCUCUUCCAUAAGAUGCGGCGUCAAGGCGAGGUCCUGCAGGAUUUCAACGACGUCACAAUCGUCCACCCCUACAAUCGAAAGGAGAACCGCCAAAUCUGCGACAACCAAUGA